AUGGCCAUUUCCUGCCAUGUCCUCGAUACAACCCUAGGAAAACCUGGUACAGGCAUUGUCGCAACACUCCAGCUCACAUCCGGCGGCAACGACGCAGCACCCCUCUAUACCGGCGAAACAGACACAGACGGUCGUAUCAAGACAUGGACGAGUGGGCAGGCAGGUGCGGUGGAAGUCGAUGCACAAGAAGGCACCUAUCAAUUGAGGUUCAAAACGGCUGCGUAUUUCAACAAGGUGCAUGGUAUAGAGGCUUUCUUCCCAGAGGUGGUGGUAUAUUUCCGAUGCAGGCAUGGUGAGAAGUAUCAUGUCCCGUUGUUAUUGAGUCCAUAUGCGUACUCUACGUACCGAGGAUCAUAGAUGAGAUGUGGUAGCAAUCUGGUGUCGUCAUAUCGCUGAGGGUUUGGGCAUCCAGUCUGGUCUGUAAGCUGCAGUCAGACUGAUAUGGCCGUGAUGCGAGGCCACUGCACCUUCAAGACGCAUUGAUAAUCAUAAUCGUGGCAG